GUUCUGCCAUCUUGUCCUUUAUUUAAUCUAGUCUUGUGGCAGAAUCAUGACAGACCCAUGUUUUGUGUGGGUUCACGUGGUCUUAGUAUUGAUUUACUGGACCACGUGUUCCCAGUGUCUUGUCUCUUUUACCCCGCUCCCUUGUCAUCCUCCUCAUUAUUGUUUGAUUUAUAUCACCUGUUCCCCUCUUGAUUUGUUACCCUAUUUAAUCCUCUUGUAUUCAUUGUCCUGUGCUUGUGCAUUGUUUCUGUGUAUCAUUCCUGUGAGUACACUGUCUAGUUGAAGUCAAGUCAAGUCUAAGUCAAGUUUAGUGUAUAUUUAGUGUUCUGUCUAGUUUAUUGUUUAGUGUUAUAGUGUGUAGUCUUGUAUCUUGUCCAGUUUAGUGUUCACUCCUCUGUUUUUGUAUCUGGUUUAUAUUGUUUUGCCCCCUCGUGGGUUUUGUUUUCUGUUUUAUUCAUUAAAUAUCCUGAGUUAACCCCUUGUUGUCUGCAUUUGGGUUCAUCCUACACAUCCUCAUAACAGAAUGCACAAGCCCAUACAGAACCCAGCAGACAACCCAUGUCGUCCCGCCAGGCGGCAGUCGGCUGACCUAGAACUUUGGUGGCAGUCGACUGCCGCCGACAUGAAGAUGGGCAGGGCCCCAUUUCCUCCCCAGCAAGAGAGGACCCUGAGGGGGUAUGCCCAGUAUGUGGAAGCGAGGAGGUUUUUGUUGCCAGAGACCCUCCUCAACUCCUACUUUAUCGCGGGUCUCAACGUCCCUCCUCCCUUGCCUGAACGGGAGGGCCUGAUCCGCCGCCCGUUCCAUGAGGUGGUGGACAAGUUGUGUCGGGAGGAGCUUCAGGUACCCACCACGGCAUCACCAUCUGCCACGCUGCCAUCUAUCCCGGAGGGAUGUAUCUUGGGAGUGGUGGCGUCUGACGACCCGAAUCUUCCUCCUUCGGCCCCUGAGAGCUCCUCCCCACCCUUGUCGCUACGUGGAAAGCGAGAGCGGAGAGUUUCGUGGGAGUCGCCAUCCGAGGGGUCCUCUUCGGAGCCUGCUGCUCCCACCACUGUCCUCUCCUCACCUGCCACAGCCUCUGCACCACGCCCAAGAAAGAAGAGGAGGAGAAGGGGGUUGACCUCACAGUCGCUGCAGCCCCUGCCGUCUGCGCAGCCCCCGCUGCAGCCCCUGCCGUCUGCGCAGCCCCCGCUGCAGCCCCUGCCGUCUGCGCAGCCCCCGCUGCAGCCCCUGCCGUCUGCGCAGCCCCCGCUGCAGCCCCUGCCGUCUGCGCAGCCCCCGCUGCAGCCCCUGCCGUCUGCGCAGCCCCCGCUGCAGCCCCUGCCGUCUGCGCAGCCCCCGCUGCAGCCCCUGCCGUCUGCGCAGCCCCCGCUGCAGCCCCUGCCGUCUGCGCAGCCCCCGCUGCAGCCCCAUGUCACGGUUCCCGUCUUGUCUGCGCUGCCGGACGCAGCGCCCCCUGUCACGGUUCCCGUCUUGUCUGCGCUGCCGGACGCAGCGCCCCCUGUCACGGUUCCCGUCUUGUCUGCGCUGCCGGACGCAGCGCCCCCUGUCACGGUUCCCAUCUUGUCUGCGCUGCCGGACGCAGCGCCCCCUGUCACUGUCACGGUCCCGGUCUCGUCUGCGCUGCCGGACGCAGCGCCCCCUGUCACUGUCACGGUCCCCGUCUCGUCUGCGCUGCCGGACGCAGCGCCCCCUGUCACUGUCUCUGUCUCGUCUCCGCUGCCGGACGCAGCGCCCCCUGUCACUGUCUCGUCUCCGCUGCCGGACGCAGCGCCCCCUGUCUCUGUUCCUGUCUCGUCUCCGCUGCCGGACGCAGCGCCCCCUGUCUCACCGGCUCCUUCUGUUGCUUCCUCCCCUGCACUGUCGUCCUGUUCGUCUGCCUGGUCCCCUGCUACUGUCUCCAUGUCCUCCCUGAACUCUCUCCCCUACCCAGGGAGUCCUGGCUCGCCCCCAUCUGCUCCCUUGUCUACCCCUACCACGCCCUGGAACCCUACCCUGCCUCCUUUUGUUCCCCUUACCCAGUCUGCAUCCCCUACCAAGCCUGUUCCCUCCAAGAUCCCCACCAAGCCUGCCCGGACUCCUCGUCCCAAGUCCUCCACUACCCCUGAACCCAAGACCCCUUGCCCACCCAGCUCCACCCUACCUGGACUUCCUUUUGUGAACUCUGUUUUGCCUCCGCCCCCCCUCCCUUGUUUGUUGUUUUUGUUAUGUCACCCUAACCCUCUUGUAAUUUUAUCUUGUCUGCCCCUGUGUAUAUUUGUCAUGUUUUCUUGGUGUCUGUCUAUCUGUCAGUCUGUCUUGUCCCUUGUCUAGUGUUCCCCUGGGGAGCGUCUGGAAGCCGCUCCUUUAGGGGGGGAUUCUGUCAUGGUUCUGCCAUCUUGUCCUUUAUUUAAUCUAGUCUUGUGGCAGAAUCAUGACAGACCCAUGUUUUGUGUGGGUUCACGUGGUCUUAGUAUUGAUUUACUGGACCACGUGUUCCCAGUGUCUUGUCUCUUUUACCCCGCUCCCUUGUCAUCCUCCUCAUUAUUGUUUGAUUUAUAUCACCUGUUCCCCUCUUUAUUUGUUACCCUAUUUAAUCCUCUUGUAUUCAUUGUCCUGUGCUUGUGCAUUGUUUCUGUGUAUCAUUCCUGUGAGUACACUGUCUAGUUGAAGUCAAGUCAAGUCUAAGUCAAGUUUAGUGUAUAUUUAGUGUUCUGUCUAGUUUAUUGUUUAGUGUUAUAGUGUGUAGUCUUGUAUCUUGUCCAGUUUAGUGUUCACUCCUCUGUUUUUGUAUCUGGUUUAUAUUGUUUUGCCCCCUCGUGGGUUUUGUUUUCUGUUUUAUUCAUUAAAUAUCCUGAGUUAACCCCUUGUUGUCUGCAUUUGGGUUCA